GCUUAGGUGGUGAUGCAUCUAAUAACUUGAGAUUUGUAAAAACCGAUCCAAAUUUUGUGGGUUUUGCUUCUUCUAUACAUCCAUUUUCAAAUAGAGAACAUAAUAUUUUGCACAAAAUAAUUUGACAGUGACGUGAUAUUAAAUUAUUGAUAUCGUUUUCGCCCGGAUUAAUAACUCAACUAGUGCCCUCAAGCACCCCCUUCAUCCUUGCACUUCAAAUUUUCCCCUGCAUGCAUUAAAAUGAAGGGCAUUGAGCAAUGCCCCGAGAACAAACCCAAGACCAUGAGCUUCCCUGGCCCUAAAGUUUUCAUCUUAAUAUCAGCUUCUAUCUGGAUAAUCUACUUUACAUUGUCGUUAUUUCUUGUGCCAAACUCGAAAUUCCUCCAUUUUUCAGUUUCUAUAGAAGACAUGAUCCCCCCUACUUCACUUGAGCACAUUGUUUUUGGGAUUGCAUCAACUGAUAAGUCAUGGCCUGGUCGAAAAGAUUACGUUAGGCUUUGGUGGAAGCCUCGACUGAUGAGAGGCUGUGUGUUCUUGGAGACAAGGCCACCAGCAAAUCAAAGCUUGGAUCAAGACUAUGAAAAUUCACUCCCUCCGGUUUGCAUUUCAAGAGAUACUUCUCAGUUUAGGUACACUUUUAGAGGGGGGCCUCGAUCAGUGAUCCGGGUAGCCCGUAUUGUAUCAGAGACUGUGGCUCUCAAUCAUACGAAUGUGAGGUGGUUUGUGUUCGGAGAUGAUGAUACCAUGUUCUUUGCUGAUAAUUUAGUGAAGGUGCUUUCUAAGUACGAUCAUGACCUUUGGUACUAUAUUGGGAGCAAUUCAGAAAGUUAUACGCAGAACACGGUUUUUUCUUAUGAUAUGGCUUUCUGGGGAGCUGGUUUUGCUAUAAGUUAUCCACUGGCAAAAGUUCUUGCUAAUGUGUUUGAUUCAUGCAUCCAAAGAUAUCCUCAUCUUUAUGGAAGUGAUGGCAGAAUUUUUGCUUGUAUUGCAGAGCUUGGGAUCAGUUUGACCAAAGAAAUCGGUUUCCAUCAGAUGGAUAUCAGGGGAGAUAUAUUUGGCAUACUGGCUUCCCAUUCCUUGACACCCUUAAUAUCACUUCAUCACUUGGAUGUUACAAAUCCGAUUUUCCCAAAUAUGUCAAAUUUGAAGGCCUUGGAGCAUCUAAAUGAGGCUGUAAAACAUGAUCCCCACAGAAUCAUUCAACAGACAGUUUGCUACGAUCGAUGGUUUUCUUGGACGGUUUCAGUGUCAUGGGGCUAUGCUGUUCAAGUAUUCGGAAAGCGUGUACACAUGUCGGACACUCUUCGUGCACAACAGACAUUUGUGCCAUUCCAGACAGGUAAUGUUCUGAACACUUUGUUUGACAUUAAUACAAGGGAACAUGAUCCAGAUGCAUGUCGAAGGCCCCUUGUUUUCUACAUGGAGAAGGUUUCUUCUGCGGAGGGAGAGAUCAAGAGCAUUUACAAGCAAAUGACUGCAGAUAAUUGCACCAGAGAUAUGGCAUCACCGCGGAGACUUGAGGAGAUUAGAGUCUCCUCAAGAAAGUUGGAUCUUGACAAUAAACAACUGCUGGCACCGAGACGACAAUGUUGUGAUAUUCUUCCCCCAAAACAGAGAAAUGUGAUGGAACUUGCCAUUAGAGAAUGCAAAGGAGAAGAACUGAUUUACAUGCAUCCCUAGUCAAGCCAUUAUUCUUUCUUGCAAUUAGUAUUAGACAUAUUUAAUGUGUUUGGUUCGGUUAUAUUUUUGCUAGAUGGGAUUUGUUACUCUGCUCAAUCACAGCACAUAGGGGUAAUAAUCAAUCUUUUGGCAAAUGAGCAUGCAUAUAUCUGGGGUAAAGGUUCGUCUCAGCUGAAGCUGCAAAAAUCGAAUUCUAGGCAGGAAGUGUAUUCCAAGACCAAGUUGAAAAUAAGCAUCUUCGAUCAGGGUGAAUGAAAUAUGUUAAUAUUGUCGAAUCAUUAAAAGUACUUAUUUUAUUUUCCAUCUCUUCAA